CAAGUAUUCUGAAAUCUUACGUCAAUGUAAUAACAGCGUCUCCGAUCUCCAUUGUUUGGCCAGGUAGGCAAACGGAAAAGAUCCAAUAAAAGAUUUGGUUAAAUUCUGCAACAUUAUGCGCUCCGUAUGGGACAGCGUACGAAUGCUGGCAGUACAACCAUAUAAAAACUGAAAUCCAUCACAGAUCCGAGGACCAUCGUCCCGUAAAUAGAGCCCUCUGUAGUUGAUCGGUUUCCCGCAUACUGUAUUAGUGCCCUGCACAUGCGCUGAGCGCGCUGACAAGUGAAGCUCCAGUAGGCACUACGUGGUACGGGUACUCAUCUCUACGCACGAAGUACACAUGGCUAACCAUGGGCUAAGUCGUUAUGAGAAGGAGAGAGGCUGAAGAUGGCCGGUAGUGAUGCUGUGAGGAGUAAGAUAUUAUGUCUUCUGUUGCUGUACUUUGUGCAAGGAAUUCCUUAUGGCUUUCAGGCUCGUUUUCUGCCAAUCUUUUUGCGAUCUCGGGGUACAUCGCUCACAAGCCUCGGUUUCUUCAAGAUCCUCCUCCUGCCCUGGAUGCUGAAAGUCCUGUGGGCCCCUUUCUUGGAGCGUUAUGCCUCCCGACAAACCAACUUACUCUACAGUCUCGUUGCCAUGGCAACAGUUUGCGGAUUCACCUCCUGCAUCUCACCAGAUCAGACAGUUGCACUCUGCGUUGCCAUCCUCUUACUGAAUCUGUCUGCGUCAAUUCAAGACAUUGCUGUGGAUGCUAUAGCCAUACACAUCCUUACCGAGUCGGAACUUGGUGCUGGCAACACUGUUCAAGUUGUCGGCUACAAGGUUGGAUCCAUUAUUGGAGGAGGACUGUUGAUUUGGCUCCUGCCACACACCGAAUGGAGUGGAUUAUUUGUGUUACUUGCUGCUCUAUAUACCAUGACAUUGAUAAUAGUGAUGCACCUACACGUAGGUGACCUCAGAGAGUGCAAAACUGACAAGGAAAGCGAUGUAUCUAACUGCAACAGUGUCCAGAGCAAUACUGACAAGGAACCUGUAACAAGGAUGGACUCAAAGAUACAGUUAGUCUCCUCACUCAUAACUGAUGUUGUCAACUCUCCACACACAAAGUGGAUGAUGGCUUUUGCACUUUUCUACAAACUUGGUGAGCAAGGAGCUGUUGGUAUGUUUCCUCUUUACCUGAUUGACCAUGGGAUACCAGUCGGUGAAGUUGGUAUCCUGAGUGGGGUCAUAAGUCAAGGGUUAUCUAUUGCAGGGUCAUUGGCUGGUGGCUGGAUGCUGUCAAAUCCCAAGUUGAGUUUGAAACCUUUGCACCUCCUUCCAUAUCUGAUGAAGCUGCGACUCCUACCUUUAAUUCUUCAGACAGCAGUAAUAUCUUGCAAUUACUCAGAUACGAGUGUGCCUUUCUACGAGAACAAUGAAGGCAUCAUUUUCAAGAGACAGAAUUACGAGAAGGGCACGCCUGACAUGAACACGGAGACAAUGGCACUGAUACUGCAGAUCAAACUUUAUAAAGUUCUGAGGUCAUUCUCAAGUGAAGGUCCAUGUGUGUUAGCCAUGUGGCUACUGCAACUGAUAGGGGGCGCUAUUACAAUUGCAACCUUCACCUUGAUGAUGCAGUGCUCCCAGAAUGCACCACUAUGUAUCCAGGCAACCCACUACACUGCCUUAGCUACCCUGGAAGUGAUGGGUAAACUAACCUUCAUGUCAGUAGCGGGAUGGCUGGUGGAUAUGCUAGGAUAUACCUCAAUGUUCUGUUUGUUUAUCACUCUGUCUGUUGGUAUGCUUGCAAUGUUCAGACCAUAGACUCUAAAAAUAGCCUUUUAUAAGCAUGUUUAUCCUUCAGGGUAUUUCUGUACUUUUAAAAGUAGAAUGCACAACUGAAAGAAAUAAUUGAUCCUGUUUUCAUAGAGUUUGGCAAUUUGCCUUUUGUUUGGCUGUUAGAAACAUUUAUUUCACUUUUGACAGCGGAUAUGACAUUGAUGUAAAGAAUGAAAACUCCACUUUAUGAUUUGUAUAAACUUCUUUCAUAAUGUAAGGAUCAAUUACUAAAAUUUAUAGAAACUUGUUUAAAUGAAAUUGUUUUGAGACCAACAAUUCUUGAGUAGAUGCCAGGCUUAAUUAAAUGUCCGUUGCAUCAUAUUGCAUAAAUGUUGCAUUACAAAUUGCCGUAUUUUUAUAGUUUUCUUGAGAACAAUUAACUUAUUCUAGUCUCCUGGGCAAUCCUUGCCCAGUUUUUUACAAGUUUAUAAAGCUGAUGAACUACAUCAGUACUCCUGACACUGCAGGAAAACUGUUUGGU